ACAUAUUCACAUAGUUCAGCGGAGAGCCAGAGAAGAGCUUUCUCGGGGCUCCAAUAUCUGCAAGAAAACCCUAAUCGUAUAAUCUAGAAAAAUUGUUUAUCAAUCUAUCUGAGGCCGAGACGAUGACGGAGGUGGCUAGCUCAGUGGUGCACGAGGUGCUGGGCCCGAGGGCCCAGGACGUGGAUCAGCCGAUCAUCGACUACAUCGUAAACGUCCUCGCCGAUGAGGACUUCGACUUCGGUGACGACGGAGAAGGCGCCUUCGACGCCAUUGGCGAGCUCCUCGUUGCCGCCGAAUGCGUCGACGACUUAGCCGAGUGUCGCUCGGCUUGCAGCAAAUUGUGUGAAAAAUUUGGAAAGCAUGGGUUGGUCAAACCUACAGCAACUGUGCGGAGCCUUGCAACUCCAUUCAGAAUGAAUGCUGGAAUGGAUGAGGAGCAAGUUCCAAAGAAGAAACCUGAGCUGAUGGAUGGUCCUGGACUAUCUGAACGUGACCGAAGGAAGAAAGAAAGAGAAAAGCGGCAAGAGGAACGCCAAAGAGAGGCACAAUACCGAAUGCAUUUAGCAGAGAUGGAAGCAACCAGAGCAGGAAUGCCUGUUGUAUGUGUAACUCAUGAUAGUGGUGGUGGACCGGUUGUCAAGGAUAUCCAUAUGCAGGACUUCGAUAUCUCUGUGGGUGGUCGUGACCUCAUAGUGGAUGGUUCAAUCACACUGUCGUUUGGAAGGCACUAUGGCCUUGUUGGAAGAAAUGGUACAGGGAAAACAACUUUCCUUAGGUACAUGGCUAUGCAUGCAAUUGAUGGUAUUCCUGACAACUGUCAGAUAUUGCAUGUCGAGCAAGAAGUGGUUGGUGAUGAUACAACAGCAUUGCAGUGUGUUCUUAACACUGAUGUUGAGAGAACACAGCUUUUGGAAGAAGAAACUCGUCUGGUUGCCCAACAGAGAGAAUUAGAGUUUGAGGAAGCAAUUGGAAAGAGCAAUGGGGAGCUGAAUCAGGUGAUUGACAAAGAUGCCAUUGCACAAAGGCUUGAUGAGAUAUACAAAAGGCUUGAUGUAAUUGAUGCUGAUUCUGCCGAGUCACGUGCCGCUUCCAUUCUUGCGGGCCUCAGUUUCACUCAAGAGAUGCAGCAGAAGGCUACAAAAGCUUUUUCUGGAGGAUGGCGAAUGCGAAUAGCUCUUGCGCGUGCGUUGUUUAUAGAGCCUGAUUUGUUGCUACUCGAUGAACCCACUAAUCAUCUUGAUCUUCAUGCGGUCCUUUGGCUGGAAACAUACCUUUUGAAAUGGCCAAAAACUUUCAUAGUUGUUUCGCAUGCAAGAGAGUUCUUGAACACGGUAGUCACAGAUAUUCUUCAUUUACAUGGGCAAAAACUGACCGCUUACAAGGGGGAUUAUGAUACGUUUGAGAGGACACGAGAGGAACAGGUUAAGAACCAACAGAAAGCAUUUGAGGCAAAUGAACGCUCCAGAGCUCAUAUGCAGGCCUUUAUUGACAAGUUCCGCUACAAUGCAAAGAGGGCAUCUCUUGUCCAGUCAAGAAUCAAGGCAUUGGAUCGGAUGGGUCACGUGGAUGAAAUUGUCAAUGACCCUGACUACAAAUUUGAGUUCCCAACUCCAGACGACAGACCAGGUCCCCCUAUAAUAAGUUUCAGCGAUGCAUCAUUUGGUUAUCCUGGGGGGCCCAUAUUGUUUCAUAAUUUGAAUUUUGGGAUCGAUUUAGACAGCCGCAUUGCAAUGGUUGGCCCAAAUGGCAUCGGCAAAUCAACUAUACUCAAACUAAUAGCAGGGGAACUACAACCAAGCUCUGGGACUGUUUUCCGAUCUGCUAAGGUUCGGAUUGCUGUUUUUAGUCAGCACCAUGUUGAUGGGCUCGACUUAUCUACAAAUCCCCUUUUGUAUAUGAUGCGCUGCUUCCCAGGUGUGCCUGAACAGAAGCUCCGAUCUCACUUGGGUUCAUUUGGUGUAACUGGAAAUCUUGCACUUCAGCCAAUGUACACUUUGUCAGGCGGUCAAAAAAGCAGAGUUGCGUUUGCGAAGAUAACUUUCAAGAAACCGCACAUAAUAUUGCUUGAUGAGCCGUCCAAUCAUCUGGAUUUGGAUGCUGUGGAGGCACUAAUUCAGGGUCUUGCUUUAUUUCAAGGAGGCAUUCUCAUGGUUAGCCACGAUGAGCACCUAAUAUCAGGUAGUGUAGAUGAGCUGUGGGCAGUAUCAGAAGGAAAGGUAACACCAUUUCACGGCACAUUCCAAGAUUAUAAGAAGAUACUGCAGUCGUAAUCGGAAAAGGUUGUCAGAUUCAAUCUUUUUCAAGCUGCGGACUACCCUUGAUUGCCAAAAAUUACAGGGAUGUCAGCACUUACAGAACACUGUAGAAACAAUUUUGAAGGUUGUCCCAGCCAUCAUAGGUGGUAACUUUCUGCUAAAAGGAUGAGAGAUGCUGUGUUCACUUGGCAAAUAUAUUUUGAUUCUACAAUAUGUUUAUUCUAUCU